AUGGAUAAUAAAGAAGAACGCUUAGAUAUUUCUUUAGAAUUUUCUACGGCUAAAGAAGUUUUGCCUCUUCUCCAUGCGGUUAGGACACGUGAUCAGGAUGCCACCUGGAAAAUAUACCAGGAGCUUCAACAAACACGAAAACUUCAUCUUUUAUCACCUCAACAACAUUCUAUUGUAUUAAAAUCAUUUGAUGUUAAUGGUAAAUAUCCAUUCACCAAGAUAGAAACAACCAUUUUAAAAAAGAAACUUUUUUAUAUUUUCGAUCAAAUGAAAGAAGUUGGUCACGAUCCGAGUGUAAUAGAUUAUUCGCAUAUGAUGAAUGUUUUUAGCAGAAUAAGAUUACGUGAAAUUUGUGAUAGUUUGUGGAUAGAGUCAGUCGAAAAAGGACUUCAACCAUCAAUAUAUUUGUUUAAUUCAUAUUUAUCUUCAUGUUUACGACGUAGGGAACCUUUAUUGAAAAAAGUUAAUUAUAUUUUAAGAAAUCUUGAAAAAAGUGGGUUGAAACCUAAUCUAACAACUUAUGCACUUUUAGUACGUUUGUAUUUUGAGGCGCGAGAUAUAAAAUCAGCACAACAAAUUCUCGAGUUUGGAUUUUCUACGGAAAAUUAUUUAGAAGUGGAACAACAUAAAUGGGCAAUUGUUCGCGCAUUUAAAUGUAUGAUGAAAGCAUAUGGAUAUAAAGGAGACUUGAAAUCAAUGGAUGAAUGUUAUCGACAUUUGCUACGUUUAAAAAUUAAACCGGACAUUUAUGUUUUCAACACACUUAUAAGAUAUUCAUGUUCACAUUUAAAUUUACAACAAGCAAAUCAAUAUUAUGAGGAAAUGUUACUUCCAGAAUUCAGUGUUACACCUAACGCGACGACGUUUCAAAACAUUAUUUAUUGUUUAUGUGAAAAAGGAAAAACUCGAGAGUGUUGUAGAUAUAUAGAACAAAUGAAAGAACAAUUUAAUGCAUUACCAACAGAAAAAUCGAUAGGAUUAAUUUAUAAUACAAUGAUGAGAAAAAAAAGGUUUGAAGAUGCCAGUGCAUUUGCAGAAAAAUGGAAAAUUCCUGAUGAUUGGCAUCGAAAAUCAAAAUAA